CCUGUGUAUUUUGGCGCCAUCCACCUCCGGGCCGAAGGCAGAGGCAUAUCAGACGCGGGGCGCGAAGUACGCACCACAAUGUAACUCGUCAUUAAGCAUUCAAUAAACAGUUCUUAAAGGUUAAACGUGUCCGCAACCAACGACAUUGAAACAUGGUGUCAGAAGUGGUAGAAGUCAACGCGCUCGUCCACUAGUGCAGCCACUGAAGACGACAUGGAAAGGAUCCCGCCGCCGCCGAAGUUCGAGAACGACAGCAACGCUGCCGAACAAUGGCGCACCUUCAAGCAAGCCUUCACGCUCUACAUGAAAGCUACGGAUGUCAGUGGAACAUCCUCCGAAAGGCAAGUUGCUCUCCUUUUGACAAUCGGUGGACAAAGCCUACUGGACAUCUAUAAUACGCUAAACUUUGGAAGCGCAACGCAAGAAAGACCUCACCCCUAGUAUGAUUUUGAGCACGUGGUGAGGCUUAUGGAUGCACACUUCUUACCGAAGCAAAACGAAGUAUACUCCCGCUACAUCUUUCGCACUCGAGUACAACUCCCCGACGAGAGGUUCGACACGUUCUUAACCGAUCUCAAAUUGAAGACUCGGGACUGCAACUUCGGACCUGAAAAGGAGAAGAUGAUUCGAGACCAGAUUGUCUGCGGAGUGAAUGACGAGAAAGCGCGAGCGGACAUUCUAAAACUUGAUGAACCGUCGCUUGAAAAGGUUGUCAAGGUAUGUCUAGCGCAUGAGUCAACGAAGCUGCAACUUAAAGUCUUCAAGGAAGGCAGACCAGCAACUGAGGAAGUUCAUGCAGUGAAAGACAGACGCCGUCGUCUACCACCUGUUGACCGAGCAAAAGAUAAAAAGACAAGUUCGAAUCAAGCAGUACAGCAUUUUAAGUACUGUGGAAGCGAUCAUGCACGUGCUAGAAAUGCUUGUCCAGCAUGGAACAAAACAUGCAACAAAUGCAAAAAACAGAACCAUUUUGCAGUUGUGUGUAAAAACAGCAAGACUGUUGCCAGUUUGGAGCCAGAAGACGACACAGAUGAAAUAUUGAUGGUGCAAAGCGGCAAACCAAGUCCACUGUUUGCGACUUUAAAUCUGAACCAAAAAGGAAUAAGGUUCCAGGUUGACAGCGGGGCUGCUGUAAAUGUCAUCACCAAGAGAAAUGUGUCGCCUGAUCAGAUAAUGCCGACGUCUACAACGCUGAGAAUGUGGAAUGGUACCAAGGUAGUGCCAUACGGCAAGGCGAGGUUGAAUGUAACCACUGCUAAUGGACACAAGCACAUUGUUGACUUUGUCGUGGUGCGUGAUGACCUCAGACCCCUUAUCGGACGAAAGACAGCCGAGCAGAUGGGACUGAUUACAGUGAAUUACAGUCUGGUUGCCAGCAUCAGUGCUGCAGGUGCACAGGGUGCACUGGAACAGAUCAUGGAAAGACACUCCGACGUCUUCGGACAGUCUUUAGGCUCAUUACCUGGACUUGUACACCUGGUGACUAAACCUGCUGCAAGCCCAAAGGCGGUGACAGGCUGUCGGGUGCCAGUGAGUGUUAAACCGCAGCUAGAAAAGACAAUCAGAAACCUAGAACAAAGGGGAAUCAUCAAAAGUGUCACCGAACCAACCCCGUGCGUGAGCCGAAUGGUUGUUGCCACGAAGAAAAAUGGUGAUAUGAGAAUCUGCAUUGAUCCUCAAGCUCUUAAUGAAGUUUUGGAGCGAGAGCGACACCCCUUGCCAAUCUUGGACGACAUUCUGCCCGAAGUUGCUAAAGCCAAGGUCUUCUCGAAGCUGGACCUGCGUGACGGCUAUUGGCAGUGCAUUUUGGACGAAGAGUCAAGUGUACUCACCACCUUUCAGACACCAAUGGGACGUUACCGCUGGCUACGCCUUCCAUUUGGACUUGCUGUCAGUAGUGAAAUUUUUCAAAAAAGACUGCAGUCAGCGCUGGAUGGACUAGAUGGUGUAUUGUGUGUCGCAGACGACAUCCUUGUGUUUGGAGUUGGAGAAGCUGAAAGUGAAGCUCGACAAGAUCAUGACAAAAAGCUUGAAAGCCUACUACAAAGGUGUGAGAAGAUUGGCGUGCGACUCAACAGAGACAAAACUGAGCUUCAUUGUUCAAGUAUGACUUUUCUAGGACACCUAUUGACGAGAGAAGGACUACGAGUCGACCCUGAAAAGGUCAGGGCCAUUCAAGAGAUGCCCCCACCUACGGACGUCAAUGCUGUGCAGCGCUUUUGUGGGAUGGUCAACUACCUUGCACGUUUUCUACCAAAGAUCUCCCAUGUUACAGAACCACUAAGAAAGUUGGUCACAAAGGAUGCACCAUGGGUAUGGGAGAGGGAGCAAGUUGAAGCUUUUGAAGAAGCAAAAAACGUGGUAGUAAAGGCACCGGUGUUGGCAUACUACAACCCACAGAAACCACUUGUGAUACAGUGCGACGCCAGUGAGCGUGGUCUAGGAGCUGCACUUCUUCAGGAGGGACAGCCGAUAUCUUUUGCAAGCAGAGCUCUUACUCCAACUGAAGUACGUUACGCACAAAUUGAAAAGGAAAUGCUUGCAAUAGUCUUCUCGUUGAACAAGUUUCACCAGUACACUUUUGGAAGACUCACUACUGUGAUCACAGAUCACAAGCCUCUGCAAGCCAUCAUGAAGAAGCAGCUGGAUCAGGUCCCGAGAAGAUUGCAGGGAAUGAUAUUGCAGACCCAACGGUACAAUAUCGACAUUCAAUACCGACCAGGGAAAGAACUUUUUUUGGCCGACACAAUGUCACGAGCAUUUCUGCAGGACGGUGGCUGUGAGCAGCAACUGGAAGACAUCAACAUGAUCAACCACUUACCUGUGCGAAAAGAAACUGCAGAACAGAUCCGCAAGGCAACGUUGAAGGAUGAUAAUUUGCAGAAACUGGCAAUGGUGAUCCUGGCAGGAUGGCCGCAGGACAGGAACAACAUUCCACCAGAAAUCAGAAUGUACUUCCCAUUCCGAGAUGAGCUCGUGGUGGAAGACGGUAUAGUGUACAAAGGACAACGGCUGGUUGUACCAAAAGCACUACGUCGAGAGAUGAAAGAAAAGCUGCACUCAUCACACAUGGGUGUUGCAAGCACUCUGCGACGUGCACGGGACAGCAUAUUUUGGCCCAGCAUGAAUGCAGAGAUAAAGGACCACAUCUCAGCUUGUGAGAUUUGCCAGAAGCAUACACCAGCACAGCAGCGAGAGACACUAAAGCCUCACCCAGAACCCAACUUCCCCUGGGAGCGUGUUGGAUGUGAUAUACUGGAGCACAAAGGCAAACACCUGCUAGUCACAGUGGACUAUUACAGCAACUUCUGGGAGGUCGACCAACUCAACUCGCUAACAUCAGCUCAUGUAAUACGAAGACUGAAAGCACACUUCGCAAGGCAUGGCAUCCCAAGAGUCCUUGUCACGGACAACGGCCCACAAUUUGCCUGUGAAGCAUUCCACAAGUUUUCAGUAGAAUGGAACUUUGAGCACACAACGUCAAGCCGUGCAUACCCAAGAUCAAACGGCAUGGCAGAGUCCGCAGUGAAGACCGUCAAAAUGCUUUUGAAGAAGGCUGACGACAGCAAUAGUGACCCACAAAUGGCGUUCCUGGAUUAUCGCAACACGCCGUUGCAACACAUGAAGGCAAGCCCAGCUCAACUCCUCAUGGGCCGACGUACACGAACGUCGCUGCCAACGACAACGAAGCUGUUGCAGCCACGGGUUGUCAAUGCCAGUAAGCGAUUGCAAGAGAAGAAACGAAGGAUGAUUUUUUACCACGACAGACAAGCCAAAGACCUUCAUCCGUUAAAGAAAGGACAGAAAGUAACUGUUCGCCCAACCAAAGAUGGGAUGUGGACAAAAGCAACCGUGACUGAACAAUGUGGUGAUAGAUCAUACAAGGUGCAAGUUAGUGACAGCGUACUGCGGCGCAACAGAGUGCACAUUAGAGGCAUACCAGAUUACCAACAACCUGAUGCCGAGACCCCCUCGGAACCUCAAGAUGGCUGUGAUCAACAUGCAACGCCUCAAGCAAAAAGCCUACCACAGCUCGAACCAGCAGUGGUGACGCCAACACAGAAGUCGCAGGAGCCCGGCCCCCAGCCAAGUUCAAAUUUUACACCAGUACGACCGAAAAGGUCAACUACUCUCCCCAAGAGACUUCAGGACUUUAUUGUAGGAUAAUCAUCUCAAACAAAAGAGGAUGUUACAAGACAUGUCGCUAGAUGGCGCCACCCUCCUGGGUAUUUUGGCGCCAUCCACCUCCGGGCCGAAGGCAGAGGCAUAUCAGACGCGCGGCGCGAAGUACGCACCACAAUGUAACUCGUCAUUAAGCAUUCAAUAAACAGUUCUUAAAGGUUAAACG